CAAACACAACCACGCGCGAGGAGGAGCGCCUCGCCUCAGCGGGAUGGAGCUCGCAGGGCACGAGCACGAACCCGUACCCAUAAACCGUUUAUUUGACGGGAAGAGGCGGAAUAUUGGCGUGUGAUGAGACGUUUCGAUGCGUUUGUCGAAGCUGACGGGUUGUGCGUGAAAGUUAUCAGCUGAAAGGGCAGGAACACGUGGAGCGAGUCUGGAUUUAAAGGGACAGCAGCACGCAAGCUCGAGCAUGGACCGAUGCGCCACGAGUCUGGACGCGGAGCGGGAUAAACAGUACUGCGAGCUGUGUGGCAAGAUGGAAAACCUUCUGAAGUGCGGUCGGUGCAGGAUUUCCUUCUACUGCAGCAAGGAACAUCAAAAACAACAUUGGAAAAAACACAAACUCACAUGUAGAGAGUCUGACAAGAACAAGAUUGAACAACAAGCUCCACAACAGCCGGAGAAACCUGUCUUGGAUCCAGAUGGGAAAGAUUUGAUCACCAGAUCCCAAAGUUCAGAGACUGACAGCAAAAACACCCCAUUCAAAUCCCAACCACAAAAACUGGCCACUGAUUAUAUAGUUCCAUGCAUGAACAAACAUGGUAUUUGUGUAGUGGACAACUUUCUGGGUGAAGACAUUGGACUGUCCAUCCUAGAGGACGUGAAAGCUCUUCAUCAGACUGGCAAAUUCACUGAUGGACAGCUGGUGAGUCAGAAAAGUGACUCUUCUAAGGACAUAAGGGGGGAUCAAAUCACCUGGAUUGAGGGCAAGGAAUCUGGAUGUGAGAAGAUACGGUUCUUGAUGAAUCUUAUGGAUGACCUGGUCAGGCAUUGCAAUGGAAAACUGGGAAACUACAUGAUAAAUGGAAGGACGAAAGCGAUGGUGGCGUGUUAUCCGGGUAAAGGCACUGGUUAUGUGCGUCACGUUGAUAACCCGAACGGUGAUGGGAGAUGCAUCACAUGCAUAUAUUACCUGAAUAAGAAUUGGGAUGCCAAGGAACAUGGGGGCAUACUGCGAAUAUUUCCAGAGGGUAAAGCCCAGUUUGCCGACAUCGAACCCAAGUUUGACCGCUUGCUUUUAUUCUGGUCUGACAGACGAAACCCUCAUGAGGUUCAACCUGCGUAUGCAACAAGAUAUGCCAUAACCGUGUGGUAUUUUGAUGCCGAUGAGCGGGCGAGAGCUAAAGAAAAGUACCUAACAGGUGCCGGAGAAAAAGGAGUAAAGGUGGAGCUUAACAAGCCGUCUGAACUGAGCUAAUAAAAGUUUCCGUAAUCCGUUUCCCCGUGAUGUGGUCUGUGGAAAAAGGAGGAGAGAGAGUGUCGGAAAAAGCUGCUGGUGUUCACGAUGCAGCAAGAGAAGAUGCGAGAAAUUAAUGGAUUCAAUUAAAAAAUCUUCAGAUAGUUCAACCACAUAGUUCCCACAAAACCAACAAACAUUGACAUGGUCUGCUUAUUGUUUUGUGUUAAAAAGGUACAUUACUCUGUAUGUACAUGAAUGCUUCUCGUGUAACUUUUGUCACAGUGCUUCAAAGGAUUUAAUUUUGAAGUUAAGAGGUGAAAGAAAUCAGUUUGUUUUGGUUCUGGAAUGCGUUUUCUGCAUUUAGACCUGAUCUUUGAGAAUCAGGCUGCAUCUAUGCUUGUCUAUUCCUCUUAUCACUGCAUCAGUAAUGAUUUGAUUGUUUAUAUCGAAAGACACAGUUGCUGGUGAAGGAGUGAAUGUUUGGCAUGUUCAGGGAAUGGGAAUAUAGUCUGUUAUACUGCAGCUUAAUUUUCAGUUAGAUGCACAAGAUCAGUGCAAGUGUAACUGGUCCUGCUUGACCCGCUCUGAGCGGGAUUCGAACCGGGGUCUCUGGCAUGGGAGGCGGGUGUGCUAACGAGGAGAUUAAAGGCUGCAGCCCCUAGCAUCAGUCGCUAGUGUGCCUCUUGAGGCUAGGGGAGUGAGGUUUACAAACUGCACAGCUACCUACCAGCUGGCUACCUCUACACAAGCCCAGUACUGAAAGCCGCAAUCUGUCAUAAUGUACAGUACAUACACGUUAUUGUGUAAGUUUAUCAAAAUAAAAAUGCUGUUUGAAUUUUA